CUUCGGGUUAUCUCUCUGCGCCGGCUAGCGAAGAUUUUCUCCGCAGCCAGGCAUACUUGAAGGACCUUUAGCCAGAUCCACAGAAAAUUCCGAAAGGAGGCAGGCCAACCCCUCCGUCCAGAGAAAGUUGCAAACUACGGGAUUUGACCCGCGGACCUUCGGGCCAACCACAAGUGGAAGGCACGUGGCAGUUGUAUCGAGCUGCACUCUAGCCAGCUGAGCUAGCCGAGCGCAGAAAGAUGCAGCUAGUUGCAAGGCGCGCGGCCGCCCGGCCUGAUGCUGAAGGGCGCUCCAAGCCUACAUCAUAGUACAUGCAUAGGAACCAUCAUGUGCAAAGUGAAACUUUUCAGAGGUAUUUUUCAUUUCUUUGUUGAGUUUUUUCAGAAGUAGAGGGACAAGGAGCCAUGGUGAAAUUAGAGGAGGUUUUCUCGGAAGACGAGGAGGAGGUGGAAUCGGAAGGAGAGGAGGAAGAAGAGGUUCUUUUAGGGUUUGUGGACGAAGCAGCAAAUCCGGAAUCCCUUGAGCGGCAUUUCUUUCCAAGCAAGGUUGGGGGUGUGCCGGCAUGGCUCGACCCUGUAAAGCUGCCGCAGGGGGGAGCAACAGUGUGCGGCUUUUGCGGCAAACCCCUUGCAUUUCUGAUGCAGGUGUACGGACCUCUCGAGUCCGAGCCUUCUGCGUUCCACCGCACCCUCUUCCUCUUUGUAUGCAAGAGCAACACGUGCCUCAAACGUCAUUUCCGGCAGCAGGAGGCUCCUGAUAGAAAGCACAGUGUCCGGGUUUUCCGGUGCCAGCUUCCACGCUCCAACCCCUUCUACUCGUUCCAGCCGGCCAAGCCCGGGACUCUCCCCCCGGCCGGCCCCGCCGCCCCCCUGUGCGACUGGUGCGGAGCCUGGGAGGCGAACAAGCGCUGCGGGGGGUGCCGGGAUCAUUCCUACUGCUCCAAAGACCACCAGGUCGAGCACUGGAGGGCCGGUCACUCAGUGGCGUGCAAGCGGCUGGACAAGCGUGCGCCGUCCGUAAGCGACCGGGCAGACGCACAGGCGGGGCCGUCCGAAGCGUCCAACGCCGCUGAAGAAACGCGGUCAAGGAACGCUGAACCGUUGGGUAAGCGGGACACAGUUGCGAGGUGUUCGACGGAAGCUGUCCAGGGGCCUGCUGCGAGCGGUUCUCAGGAAGCGGCCUCUUUAGGGACCAGCUCGGAAGUAGACCCGAGAGCUGGGAUAGAGAGCGCAGGAAUCAGUACCCGAGAGGAGAUGGGUCAAGGGGGGGACGCUGAGAGAAUAAAAGAACAUGGAACCCGAGGGAAGGAGGAGAGCGGUGCGAGUACGGAGUCGGAGAAGGUUCAGGAAGCGCGGAGCGAGAGUCGGGACGGCGGGGCUGCCAGUAGCACGGGGGCAGAUAACGUCACGCGAGAGACGGCUGACGUCACAGAGAGGGUUGCGGCGCUUGGCGUGGACGAUGCUGGAUUUCCUGCAAGCCCCGUAGAUUGGGAGGCUGGGACCGAUCGGCAGAGCGGGGCUGCUUCAGAUGGGAACGCGGGGGCCCCCGAACAGGGGCUCAAAGAGACUGGGAUAAGGAGCGAAGACCUGGGGCCCAGUUCGGGCGGUCAGCUGAGGCAGGCUGAUGUCGGUUCUGCUAGUGGCAGGCAACGUGACGUCGACGGCAGUACAGAGUCGCAGCACAGCGGUGCUGACGUCAGCGGUGCAGGGCCGUCCGGCCAGACGCAGAAAAAGUUUGAGUCCGCUUCAGAAGGCGGGGCAGGGAAGAACCAGAAUACUGAAGAGACGGGCGGGGAUAGAACCGCGGAGUUAACCGCUGUGGUUAAGCCCUGGGCGCUCGACCCGAAGCUAUGGCCGGAGCUCGAAAUUGCCGUCGAAUCCGAGGGGGACUACCAGGGCGAAUCGGAAGCCGGGGUUAGCGGAAGGGUUAACAGCGGGUUAAGCGACGUUUCCGCGUUGCUGGAGCAGUACGGGCGGCGGGUGGAAAAGAAAAGGGAGUUUUCCGAGGAGGAUUUAGAAGAGGCUGAAGCGGGGAUGCGGGAUAUGGGGGGCGACAAGAAGCAGUGGGCGGCGUUUGAGGCGCGGCUGGCAGCCGCGCCCGAGCAGGUCUUGAGGUACUGCCGCUCACCGGACGCAAAGCCGCUGUGGCCGUCGUCCGACCAUCGGCCGUCCGAGAAAGGCAUCCCACCGUGUCCCGAGUGCGGCAGCGAGCGCAUCUUUGAGUUCCAAGUGCUGCCUCAGCUGCUGUACUACAUGCACGUCGAUAGCAGCGACCCGGAGACUCUGGACUGGGGGACAAUAGCGGUAUACACAUGUGGCAAGUCGUGUAAGGGAAAAGAGGCGUACCAAGAAGAGGUUGUGUGGCUUCAGGUGCCGCAGUAGUAGGAACAUUGGAGGGAUUGAACAGCAUAAUUUGUGAAUCCAGUCGAACACUGAGCCGCGAUAGGUAAUUUGUCAAAACUUUCUGUGAUCAAUCAAGGUCAGGUUGGCUCGCAUGUUUUCAAAUUUGCAGUGGC